AUGGGUGAUGGACAGUACGGGUGGGUCGCCAGCAUCGAUGUGGUGGAGAACGAAGAGGCCAGCGCCAGUGUCGUCGUUAAGAUGACGGACUCGUUUACGGAGCAGGCUGACCAGGUGACUGCUGAUGUUGGAAAGCUCUUGGGUGAAGAGAAGGUGGACGCGAUCCUUUGUGUGGCUGGAGGAUGGGCCGGGGGCAAUGCCAAGUCCAAGUCUCUCUUUAAGAACUGUGACCUGAUGUGGAAGCAGAGCUUGUGGACAUCGACCAUCUCCAGCCACCUGGCCACCAAACACCUCAAGGAGGGAGGCCUGCUGACCUUGGCUGGAGCCAAGGCUGCCUUGGAUGGGACCCCUGGUAAGCCUGUACCUGCUGGUCUAGGAG